CACACACACACACACACACACACACACACACACACGCACACACACACACACGGGAUAGGCGAUAUGGCCGAAAUAUAUCAAGAUUUUUUUCAGGAUAGGAUCAUGAUCCACAAUGUUAUCACAAUGCUUUUUCAUGUUGGUUUUUUAAUACUAUUUUGCAAGUUAAUGAACAGUACUCAAUACUGAGACAGUAUUACCAUACUCAACGUUCAAAUAAAUUAAUUGUCUUAUCACAUAAUGAUAGAAAUGUGUCUUGGAUUAGGGGCUCCUAAACAACAUAAACACAUAGACCCAAGAAAAAACAUUAAAACACAAAUAAUUACAUGAAUAAAUAAGAGUGGUUGUGCAAAGCUGCAUUUAAAAAGUAGUGACAGUCUAUUUGGCCUUAUUUAAAAGGGAUAUUGCAGUGGGAAACCAAAUUAACAGUACAAUCGAACUAAUUUCACAGCUGAAAAGCAAAUAGUUGAUUUUGUGUAGAAGUGUUAGUGUGUCGUUUAAGAUAAAUGGCAGGAUGUGCACUGUUAAAAAAAGGGACCAACGCUGUACACCAGAGCUUGCAGCAUGACAAGAAAUAGUUAGCUUGCCUGCUAACUGGUAGCUCUGGUUUACCUCCAGCUGUCAGCUGUCUGUGCAGAGGUGAGAUCCCUAGCAGGACAUUAAAACUGCUGUAGAUUUUACUAGCAGAUUGGAGAGUGGAAAGAGGUGCACAAUACUUACAACCUCUUUGUCCAGGCAGAUCGUAGAGACAUUUUAAUCAUUCACAAUCCAUUAUCAUCAUACCGCACACCCUUAACACACACACAAACACAGGAAAAUCAGAUUAUUCCAAUGUCGCAAUUGACUAUCUAAUGUACUUGUCUUGUAUUUUUCUUCGAACUGAUCACACAGCAUACAUAUCAACUAAAUAUGUCGAUUAAUGUGGUUAUAACUGAUUGUUUUAAAUUUCCUCCUACAUGGACCACUUGAACUGCUGCUGUCCUAAACAGGAGUGGCACAGCUCCUUUGGCCUGCCUAGUCACCAUGCUGCACUCUCAGGUGAGGGGAGACAGAGUCAAGAAUAGCAUCUUCUUUAAGCUGCCUGGACGGAUGAGCUUAUUCACUCUCAAGAAAAAUGCCCUGCAGUGGACUAAGACAACAUCAGGAUCAGAAACACCUACAGAGCCGGCCAGCAGCACCGCCCUCCCAGGUUCCAGCAGCAACAACCCCACAGCAGGCUCGGCCAUGUCUUCAGUUGGUGCCACUGAAGCCACUGAGCAAGAGAGCUGCGACUCCACUGAGACCACUGCUGGUGCCAGUGGAGACAAUGAUGCCUCAGUGGAUGAGAGCUCCUCCAGUGCGUCCUGCUCCACAGAGCCACAGGCUCCCAGCAGCCAGCCUCAGACCCGCCUCAGCCGAGCAACAGGACAGCAGGGGCGCACUGACACGCAGCAGACCCAGCAUGUUCAGCACACCCAGACCAGACUGAGCCGCUCCAGACAGUCAGGGAGGCAAAGGAAGAAAGCAGUUAUGAUGCCUCGUGUUGUCCUCACCCCUCUUAAAGUGAAUGGAGAGCAUGUGCCCUCAGGACCCAUGAAGAGAAGUCGAGGAGGGGUAGAUGUGGACUUUGAAACACCAGGCUCCAUCCUGGUCAACACCAACAUCAGGGCCCUCAUUAAUGUGAGGACCUUCUCAGCCUUCCCUGCGCACUCCCAGCAACAGUUGCUGCAGCUGCUGCCAGAAGUGGACCGCCAGAUUGGACCUGAUGGUAUGGCCAGACUGAGUAGUUCUGCCCUCAACAAUGAGUUCUUCACCCAUGCCUCCCAGAGCUGGAAAGAAAGGCUGGCAGAAGGUGAGUUCACCCAUGAGAUGCAGGUGCGUUUCCGGCAGGAAAUGGAGAAAGAGAAGAAGGUAGAGGCAUGGAAGGAAAAGUUUUUUGAAGAGUACCAUGGGCAAAAGUCUGGCCUAACACGAGAGGAGUCCCUAAAGCUCACCAUGAGUGAAGCCAGUGAUGUUGCAGCAAGUGUGAUGGACAGUGAUGUGGCUGUGGUGGCAACUGGUGCCCCCAAGAGACGGAGUGUGGGUCGGCGGAGGAGAGAUGGCAGGAUGAGGAGACGCACCCGAGCUGACCUGCGUCGUAGGGCCCGCCGGAACCUCUGCAAGGCCACUCCCCCAGCCCUGCAGUCUUCAGAAGCAGCCGAGGCAAGUGCUUCUCUGAACACCUCAGCAGUUUCUGUUGGCUCUCCCAUUGCUGACAACACAGUGAUUCAAGGUGAGGUGGUUCUGCAGGCAGAGUGUGGCAUGGAGCUACCAGCAGAGAGUGCCUCCAUUGAGCCAAAGUCCUCGCCUAUUCCGGAACCAGUCACAUUGCCAGACCCCACACCCACACCCACACCCACACCCACACCCACUCCCAGCCCCAGCCCCAGCCCCAGCCCCAGCCCCAGCCCAACCUCCACUAGCGCAAACGAAGAGCCCGAAGUUACGACCCGCCUUCUCCCUGAGGAGGUUACACCAGUGUUGGUCUCCACCUCAUCCCCUUCAUCCUCCUCCUCCUCUUCUUCUUCUGCCUCCUCACCUGCCUCCUCACCUUCUGAAGGACAGGGAACUUUUGCCGCAGUCCUGGAUUCGUCUUCAUCCUCCUCAGCGUCCUCCAGUGCUGCAGUAGCCGUUGAUCCCCUGGAUGACACCGCCUCUGUGGUCACUUCCAUCACAGGGGGUACUGCCACAAGCAGCCGUGAGAGCAGCCCCUCAGCCAGCCCAGCCACUACUCCUGUUCCUAGCACCCAGGUCAAGGAGCAGAAGAGAAGGCCAGAUGAGGCUCAGGCCUUCUCCAGCUUCCCCGAAAAGAGGCCACGGCUUGACAAUCGUCAGUCCUUUCGUACCACAAUUGACAGUGUCCGUUCAGAGAAGCCGCAGCCGACAACAGAAGAGCCCAAGGUGCCGCCAAUCCGGAUUCAACUGUCCAGAAUCAAACCACCCUGGGUCAAAGGGCACCCUACCUACCAGAUCUGUCCCCGGAUCGUGCCCCCCGGAGAGGGCUCACGGCGGUCAGGGACGGGGGGCGCGCGCACCCUGGCGGACAUCAAAGCCCGCGCCCAGCAAGCCAGGGCCCAGCGCGAGGCCGCUGCUGCUGUUGCAGCCUCUGGCGACGGGGCAGGGACGACAGGGAUCGGGUUGCGGCCUCCUGCUGGGAUACCGGAUAGCAGCAAUGGACGACGAGCGCGAGAGCAUCCAGGACCUAUCGAGCCCGGAGGAGGAGGAGGAGGAGGAGGAGGAGGAGGAGGAGGAGGAAGAAGGGGGGGGGUCGGGAUGGCAGAGCAGGGAUCGUCUUCAGGCACUAAUUCGUCUGGAACACAAUUACAGCUUCUCAAUGUAGAGGCUACACCCCAGCCAUCACCUUCCCUGUCCACUACCUCAACCUCCAUUUCCUUGGAGCCCUCACAGACCCCAAGCCCUUCUCAGAAUGAGGCAGGUAGCGGGGCAAAGGCUAAAGAAGAAAUAGAAGCAUCCUCAGCCAGUGCCCAGAACUCCUGUAAUGGGCUUACAGACAAGGAAGCCAACUUAUCCUCUCCACAACCUGACAUUGUAUCAGAGUCCAUAGCCACCCAGCCAGCUAGGCGAAGCCAGGUGCCUGAGAGGGCAGAACAGGGAUGUGAAAAACCACCACUGGCCUUAACCUCCAUCCCAGAUUCCUUUCCCAGGUUUGGGGCUCAAGGUGUGGAUGUUAUUCAGACACUGGUCAGCUCCUGUCAGCCCACAGAAAAGGAACAAGGGAAAGAGGCUGGACCAGGUGGUGUUAUCCAGCAUGGGUCCCACCAUCUAGACCUCCAAGAGGUACUCUCUCACUCAGCUCCAGCAAGACAGCAAACAGAUGCUUCCUCACCUCAACAAGUAGAAUCCUCGAGUCAAGAGAAAGAUGAUGAGGCUGGGACACAUAGUGACUCCACGGAAACAGCUUCAGACUGUGAAAAUGAAAGCCAGGAGGAUCAGCAGCAGCAGCCUGACCAGGACUGGUGCCCCCAACUGAGCACCCAAAGAAACGGCCAGCUGGUCAUCUGCAGUCCUCCACCUCAAAACCAGCAGCCAGUCAUCCAGGCCCACGUGUCCAGCCGCCACGGUCAGACUGUCAUUCAGCCGUGCUUCCCCAACAGCAUGCCUCAACCUCAGCAUUCCAAGGACCACCAGUCUCUCUCCACAGCCCAUGUACAGGCACUCAGGGACACCAAUGUUGUGGUCAAACUGGAACCUGGAGAUGAUUGCAGAGCUUCCAGACAGAGCUCUGCUGAAGAGGAUUGUCGUGGAGGUUUGAAGCCUUCUGUGACCUCCCCAACAGCUUCCUCCAAGAGACUGCCCAUCUCAGCCAGACCAGUGUCCAGUGUGGAGGCCAAUAACCCUUUGGUCACCCAGCUACUACAGGGCAGCCUGCCCCUGGAGAAAGUUCUACCUUCACACUCUGCAAAUAGGCUUGAAAUCAGCCGAUUACCAGGACCCCAAAUUAGACCAGCAGUGUCAAGGACCCCAGGGCCUCGCAACAGGCCUGAGGUUUUGGCCCAAUCUCGAAGCCCAGAAAUGACUGCAAUGUCUCAGAGCCACAGCAAGUCUCCGACAAGCUGCCCAGUUUCCUGUUUGAUGGAGGCCCCAGACGCAGCACAGUACCAGUCUCAGCAGCCUCCUGGGGCUGUCCCAGUCAUCACCUCUCUGCCGCCAUCCUCAUCCUCCUCUAGUUCUGCAUCCUCCAGAAGUAAAUCAGACCUUACCUCUCAGACCGCUGUGGAGUCAGCAGUUAUCAAAGAGUCUCCUGGUCCUCAGCCCUCACAAGGGGCUACUCCAGACAGGCCCCAGCCAACCCACAGGAGCAUGCCUAAUGGCCCCUCUCCUUCCCAUACAGACCCCUGUGCCACAGAAGUGAUGCCUACGAUUAAGAUCAACUGGCGGGCACCAAAGUCUCAGCUUGCCCACUGUCACCAACAGCAACCAUCUCCUGCUUCCAGUGUCAAGAAUGAAAUCAGUGCAAGGCCCUCUUGCCAAGCUCUUGCCAAAUUGUCCUCAACCGUACCCAUGAGUGUUACUAAAAGGGAGCCUGGGAGCUCUGUUGACAGCUACCUUAGUGGAGGAGCAAUGGAGGGACUCCUCAACAUGGAUAUGAGUUUUGCCAGGAUGGCAAAGAAGGAGCACAGCAAAGCUCCAUACUCAUCUGGCUCCCCUUCCUCUGCCUCCUCCCUUCCCUUCCAACUGUAUGGAAAGCUUCCCAAGCAGGGUGUGGGAGGAGUAAGCUACACAGCUAAUGUAUCAGUUAUGGACAACAGUGGUUUCUCCCGGAGCAUGGCGGACAGCAUGCUCCAGCUACGCCCCCGCUUGGCCUCUGGCCAGACCACCCUCAGCAUCCAGGCAUUUACUGACAGUACAGCUGAGGAGGUGGCGCUCAAGUGCUCAUGCCGUCUCAAAGCCAUGAUCAUGUGCCAAGGCUGUGGUGCGUUCUGCCAUGAUGAUUGCAUUGGGCCCUCCAAACUCUGUGUGUCAUGUCUGGUGGUCAGAUAGUAUGUGGAAGUCCCUGUAAACUGCAGAACUACUAUCUGUACAGUAUCAACAGGUAUCCAACCUGUACACAAGCGUGAUUAGGGUAGAGCACACAGGAGAAGCCUAACAGGCAAGAUUUGCCUUGUAUUAUAUAAUUGGUCUGUAUUUUUUGUUGUUGCAAAUUUUCAGAUUUUUUUAGUUGUACUGAUAUAUUAUUAUUAUUAUUAUUAUUAAUAAUAUUAUUGUUGUUGUUGUUGUUGUUGUUAUUAUAAUUAUUAUUGUGAAAUUGGGGCAUGAUUGAUUGUAAAUUGUGCCUUUUUUGUUUUCUUUCCUCAAAAACAUUUACCUCAUCUCAUCUUGCUCCACCUGUCAUCAUUUGGUGGCCAUCAUUGUUUUCUUCCCUUGUUUGCUCAGCAAACAGGGACUUAUUGUUGUCUCAGUGCAAAGAAGUA